AGCCAGGAAGGCAUCCAUCUAGUGUGUGUGUGUGUGUGUGUGUAUGUAUGUGUGUGUAUCUCCUUGGGAAGUGCCAUCCACGGAUUGUGUUGCAUUCCGUAAGAAAGUAAGCAGAGAGGCGCGUGGAGCAGCAGCAGCAGGCCCAGAGAGGAGAGCUAUAGCCAUGUCUUCCAGCUCAGCGAUGGUGCGGAUCCUGAUAAAGGGCGGCAAGGUGGUGAACGACGACUGCACCCAGGAGGCCGACGUCUACAUCGAGAACGGCAUCAUCCAGCAGGUGGGGAAGGAGAUGAUGAUCCCAGGUGGAGCCAAAGUGAUCGACGCCUCGGGAAAACUGGUCCUCCCCGGGGGGAUCGACACCAGCGUCCACCUGGAGGAGAGCUUCAUGAACGCGACCACGGCGGACGACUUCUACAGCGGCACCAAGGCUGCUCUCGCUGGCGGUACAACAAUGGUGAUCGGACACAUUCUGCCAGAGAAGGAUGAGUCUUUGCUGGAAGCCUACGAGAAGUGCCGCAGCUCGGCGGACUCCAAAGCCUGCUGUGACUACGCUCUGCACGUGGGAGUUACUUGGUGGGGACCAAAGGUGCGAGCGGAGAUGGAGAAGCUGGUGAGGGAGAACGGAGUGAAUUCCUUUCAGAUGUUCAUGGCCUAUAAGGACACGUUCAUGCUGAGGGACAGCGAGCUCUUCCAGGCUCUGCAGCACUGCAAGGACAUUGGAGCUAUAGCAAGAGUCCACGCUGAGAACGGGGAACUGGUGGCCGAGGGUGCAAAAGAAGCACUGGACCUGGGCAUCAGCGGCCCAGAGGGGAUCGAAAUCAGCAGGCCUGAAGAGUUGGAAGCGGAGGCGACCCACAGGGCAAUCACCAUCGGCAACAGGGCCCACUGCCCGAUCUACCUGGUCAAUGUGUCCAGUAUGUCUGCCGGAGACGUAGUAGCUACAGCCAAGAUGCAGGGUAAGGUUGUCCAGGGUGAAACCACCACAGCCCACGCUGUGCUGAACGGAAUGCAGUACUACCAUCAGGACUGGGCCCACGCGGCGGCACACGUCACCGUGCCUCCUCUCCGCCUGGACCCCAGUACUCCCAAUUACCUAAUGAGCCUGCUGGGAAACGACACUCUGAAUGUCGUGGCGUCCGACCACCGUCCUUUCACCAUCAAACAGAGAGCCAUGGGUAAGGACGACUUCACAAAGAUCCCCCACGGGAUUCCUGGCAUUCAGGAUCGCAUGAGCGUCAUCUGGGAGAAAGGAGUGCUUGGAGGUAAAAUGGAUGAGAAUCGCUUUGUUGCAGUCACAAGCUCAAACGCUGCCAAGAUCUACAACCUCUACCCGAGGAAAGGCAGGAUCAUCGCAGGAGCAGAUGCUGAUGUGGUGGUCUGGGACCCCGAGGGAUCCAAGACCAUUUCUGUGGCUAACCAGGUCCAGGGAGGAGACGUGAACCUGUACGAAGGUCUCCGCUGUCAUGGUGUUCCCCUGGUCACCAUCAGCCGUGGCCGUGUGGUUUAUGAAAACGGCAUCUUCACGUGUGCUGAGGGCUCCGGGAAGUUCUGCCCCCUGAGGACCUUCCCAGAUUACCUCUACAAGAAGAUGGUUCAGAGGGAAAAGAGCCAGGCUGUGAAAGCUGUGGAGCGAGAGCCCUACACAGGUGAAGUUGUUGCUGUGCUCAACUCAGGAAAGAGGGACUUUGGGGUUUCAGAUCUGGACACUCCGACGCGGCCCUGCACCCGGCACGGUGGCGUGAGGGACCUCCAAGGGUCCAGCUUCAGUCUGUCUGGUGCCCAGAUCGAUGACAACAUCCCAAAGAGGUCCUCGGCCAGGAUCCUCGCUCCUCCUGGAGGGAGAUCCAGCGGCAUCUGGUAACCAAUCAGACGGCCCCGUACGUGAAGCGGAAGAACGACACGUGAGGGAAACACACGGCCGAGCAAGACGACUUGUUUUUAUUUCUGGAAGCUUAGGAUACAUGUUGGGUAAUGGAGUUUUUAUUUUAACUCGGCACAGUUACAUAGGACUGUAAAACAUUAAACUGUAUGACGUUUGCCGUAAUAAUUUUGGAAUGUGGAUCAAGGAAAACUAUUACUAGCUAAGUGGUUACCAAAAGGGUUAACCAAAUAUAAGCGGCAAAGAAACAAGAAGUUGGAUCACAUUAGGGGGGGAAUAUGUUACGAAUAGUUUUAGGAUUAUGAAGGCGAGUCAUGGUUUUUAUGAUGCGGUUGUGUUACCUCACUGUAAAAUACGAUUUUGCACUUGUAUCAUGUACUAUUUAGAUGCCUUUUUACAUGAUUUAAUGUCACAAAUAUCACAAAUGUCUUUCUUACUGCGAGCGAUGGUGAAUGAAAUGUAAUAAAUUAUUACAAGGCUGACAUUAAUAAUAUGCCAGCUAUGGAAAAAUAUAGAUGACCAAUUGAUGAGAAAUAUCAUAAUGCAAGCUAACCUUUUAUAUGCGUUUAUGUAUUAUUUAUAUUGUUAUUUGUGCUGUUUUGCGUCGAUGCUACCGUGUUAGAUUUCCUAAGUAAGAAUGAGGUCUUUGUUAAGUAGUUCGUCGUUGUCAGAUUAGUAUUUCAGCUCAUGUUUACAGCCUUAUAGCAGAAUAGACUUCUGUUCCACCCCCACCAAAUGUGAAUGAGUCUAUGCUGUGUGUGCAUGGGAGCAUAGUUAGAACUACUGUAAUAGCCACUGGUGUUGCUCGUGUUACGCAGCAUCCUUUGUGAUCGUAUCCAUUUUCCACAGAGAGCAAAAAGUCUCACCCAAACUGCCUUUUUCUCACCCGAGAACACAGACGCCCACAAACGCAUCGUCCCACACGGCACAGAUCAAGACAUGUUGAGCGUUUCUUUUAGAGCGGGCAAAGCGUUCCUCCGACUGAUGUAACACCAGAAGCAUAAAGAGAAGGUGACGUUGAACAGCAGAUGUGUUAGUCAGUUAAUGCCAUUUCUUCAGGGGAUCGAAAGCCUUCACACUACGCCACUGAAAGCUCAGCAUCAUAACUGGAAGGCAUGCUUGUUUAGCAACUACAGCAAAGCACUGAUACUACUACUGUCUUUUUAUUCUUUCUUUUUAGUUCCAGAGUUGUGAAUAAUUGUUUUAGUAAUUGAUUUUGUUGUAUUUUGUUGUCAAAACUGCAGUGUAAAGCAGAUAAUUUUUAACCUCAGUCAUCACGCUACAGUUCACGUUCUGCAUCGUUGUUUGUUUUGUACUAAUUUCACUUUUAGAAGCUCCAGUGAAUCUUGUCGUGUCUUCCCGUUCCCAAAUGUACACUGGUGCUGAACAAUGUGUCGUCACAUUGAAUUCCUUUUGUCUCUUAUUUCUUCUUGCAGCUCUAUAUCACAUGAUUUGAGUGCAAAUAAACCACAAUGAAAUCUCAAA